AAAACCCACAGAGGGGGAGGAGGUGACGGAGACGAGGAAGGAAAGGAAGAAAAGAGACGAAAGAGGGAGGAGGAGGGGAUUGGGACUCGCCGCCACGCUCCAAAUUCCCCACUGCUCCACCGCCUCCACUUCCCCGCCGCCGCCGCCACGAGUGCGGCGGGUACGAGCAUCCCGUCGCCCCCUUCCCAAAACCCUACCCGCCCAAUUCGGUCCGGCUCCGAGCUGUUGGCCCCGCCAGGGGGAGUCCCAAGCGGUGAGAGGAGGCGGCGGAGGGCCGGGGAGAUCGGAUCGGCGGGGGCGCGGGCCGGAGUAGCAUUGGGCGAUGGCCGCUUCAUAGGAUGCAGCUUUACUCCGCCGGCGGCCGCUUAGUCUGCUGCUGCUGCCGCUUCUGCUUCGGAGUGCGUUGCCGUGAUCCCAACAGGAGCCUGGGCUGGUGCGGAUUGGGCUGACUUCUUUCUGUUGCUGUUGUUGUUGGGCACUUGAUCUCCGCGGGCGCUGUUGGGAGGUGGUUGCUUGAGGCGAAUGGAGGGGACUGGGAGGGAGAGGAAGGCGGCGGGGCCGCCGUGGGCGCCGUCCAAGUUCACGGUGUUCCGGUCCUACGCUGCUGCGGUGGUGGGCGACCGGGCGGAGGCGCCGUACGCCCGGGGCAAUGGGGUUGCCGCCCGUUCAAGCAAUCUACGCGCCGUCAGGAAGAGGCCUAUUGUCGCAAGAUUGACCAGGGGCAUCGUCCAAACUUUUGAAAAAUGCAAUCCUGAGUUUAAUUUCUCAGAUUCACUAAAUCCCAAGUACUUCCUCACCAAUCCUGCAGUUCCUGUUCACAAUGAUGGGCAUGAUAAUGCAAAUUAUGAUCUCAUCUUGUAUGUCAAUUUGGAAUUGGUUAAUAAGAAGUCAGACCGGAGGUACAUUGUCCAAGAAAUGCUUGGCCAAGGUACCUUUGGGCAGGUUGCUAAAUGCUGGGACGCAGAAACCAACAGUUAUGUUGCAGUGAAGGUUAUAAAAAACCAGCCUGCCUUUUAUCAGCAGGCUAUCGUGGAGGUCUCAUUGUUGAGCAUGCUAAAUGAAAAAAUUGAUCCUGAUGAUCAGCACCACAUUGUCCGGAUGCUGGAUUUUUUUCCAUGGAAAAAUCAUUUGUGCAUCACAUUUGAAAUGCUUGGUCAUAACCUGUACGAGUUGUUGAAAAAGAACAACUUAAGAGGUUUACAACUGCAAUUUGUCCGUACUUUCUCAAGACAGAUAUUGGAUGCAUUGAUUGUGAUGAAAGGUGCUGGAAUUAUUCACUGUGAUCUAAAACCGGAAAAUAUCCUCAUAACACCGAAAGUAAAAUCAGCAGCUGGAGUUAAAGUAAUUGAUUUUGGUUCAGCGUGCACGGAGGGUCAAACGAUUUACUCAUAUAUCCAGAGCCGUUAUUACAGGUCACCUGAAGUGCUUCUUGGCUAUCCAUACACUACCGCCAUUGAUAUGUGGUCAUUUGGCUGCAUAGUUGCUGAACUUUAUAUAGGUCUACCUUUAUUUCCCGGAGCAUCAGAAUACGAUGUCCUUAGCCGUAUGAUUGAGAUUGUCGGUGGGCAACCACCAGAUGAUCUUCUUAGGGAGGCUAAAAACACCAGGAAGUUUUUUAAGCAUGUUGGAAGCAUUUAUCCUGGUAACGAAGCACAUGAUGGUCUUCACAGUUCAUACAGAAUACUAACAGAAAACGAGGUUGAAGCAAGGGAUUCCAAAAAGCCAAAAAUAGGGAAAUGGUAUUUCCCUCGUGGGAGGCUUGACAGACUCAUAUUCGCGUACCCUUGGAAGAAUUUAAAUGAGGGUAAUCUGCCAGAGGCUGAAAAGGAAGAUUGCUUAGCAUUGGUUGAUUUCUUGAGAGGACUUGUUGAGUUUGAUCCUAAUAAGCGAUGGUCACCAUUGCAGGCUUCAUAUCAUCCAUUCAUAACUGGUGAAGCCUUCACUGGUCCUUAUGAGCCUUUCCGGGAGACCCCAGUAAUUCCCGUUGGUCGUGCUGCAACAGUUGAUCACAAUCCUGGAGGAGGUCACUGGGUAGCUGCUGGCCUUUCCCCUCAGGUUGAAAGCAUUAACAGAUCCCUACCAUCCAAUAACAAUUUUCCACCAAAGAUGCCCUCUUCAUAUGGAAGCAGCUGCGGCAGCUUCGGUAGCCAUGGUAGCUUUAAUGAUAAUGUAGGUCCUGCAAGCAGCUAUGGAAGCUAUGAUGUCAAUAACGUUAGCAUGUAUCAUUCACCAGUAGGUCCUUCUGGAUUCAAUUUACAGUCACAAGCUGGAGGAACAUUUCUAGGAUUUAGUCCAGAUAUUAGAAGAAGACCUCAUCUCUCUCAUGGUGUUGGCAUUCGACUAAGUCCUGGGGGUCCGAUGUCUCUUGGGGCCAGUCCAUCACAAUUUACUCCUCCAAAUUCCCAAACACAUAUGCCAACUAGCGCUACUACUAAGUUUGUUCCCACUUCUCCUGCAAGGGGCAGCCAUGGCUCCUCAUUAGGAAAAGCCGCUGUGGUAGGCCAAUACAAUAGGAGAAGGAAUCUUGGUCACCCUCCUAUGUCAAUGCCAGCACACGAGUACACAUCUCAGCUAAUCCAGGGACAUCCUGGAGAUGGUGUCAGUUCAGCAUUUUCUCGAGGACAUUCUGGCUAUUCAUACGGUGCAAUUCCUAACUCUGGUCAUUAUAAUUGGAGGCCGCAGAUAGGUGUUAGCACUGGUUUAUCCACAAACUCUUCUUCCAAUCAUGGUCAUGUUCAACCAUCUGGUUCCAAUGAUUUCCGUCCGUUGCACUCAUCCAAUGUGGCAGUUGAUACAUCGACCUCCACUUCAUCAGUACCAGAUCCAGCUGAUUGGGAUCCCAACUAUAGCGAUGAGUCACUCCUGCAAGAAGAUAAUUCAUUAUCAGUUGAGCUAGGCAGUCUUCACCUGAGAGAUGCUUGUGGUCGAACAAUCCAGUCUGGCAGAUUGCCCAAUAUCCAAAGCCAUGAUAUUGCAGGCUCGAAUCAAAGACAUGACCGCCUAUUUCAUGCACCGUUUCUCAGAGAGAGUGGCCAUUCAGCAGGCCACGUCAACUAUGAUAGUUACAACCAUGCCAAUUUUUCCCAGCGCAAUUUCCCUGGUCGUCACGAACAACCAUUUCAGCGGUACAACCAUAUGAGUUCCACCUCUAUACGCCCGGCGGGGAAUCUCCAAAAUGUUCGAUCUGCCUGGUCCAAAUAUGGCAUGCCAGAUUCUACUUCGCCCCCUCGGAUGGUUGAGGGGAUGCCUUGGGGAGGAAGCGCUGGCCACUCUCUUGCAACAAGCGGACUGCCGCCGUCCUUUGGAAGAAAUGAUUUCGGGAGGAUCUUCUAGCCCUUGCCUUGGACCUGGAGGAAUGCCAUCCAAUUGAUGGCAUAAAAUUGUUUGUGUUUGCAAUUCUUUCUUGCGCUGCUGUUAAUUUUUGCGAUCCGUAGUGUUCCUCCUAUUGUUGGUGUCCUGCUAUGGUACUUGGAUUCAUGAAGCCUAUAAUUAUAGCUUUCCUUGGUGCUUGUUUCUUCA